AUGAGUGCGAGCAAGGAAGACGUGAAACGGCGUCAGGUGAUCGUGAUCUUGGAGCAAGCGGCGCUGGAGACGGUCAAGACUUCCAAAGGAUACCAGCUGCUCAACUGUGAUGACCACAAGGGCAUUCACAAGAAACUCAAUCGUGAAGCCAGCCAAUCGCGGCCGGAUAUUCUGCAUCAGGAGCUCAUGGCGCUGCUUGACUCCCCACUGAACAAGGCUGGGUACCUUAAGAUAUACAUCCAGAGCACGAAGGGCGUGCUCGUUGAGGUGAGCUCACAGAUGCGUGUGCCCCGCACGUACAAGCGUUUUGCUGGUCUAAUGGUGCAAUUGCUUCACACGUUGAAGAUCCGGUCAUCGGAUGGAAACCACACGCUCCUGAACGUGAUCAAGAACCCUGUGACAAAACACUUACCGGCCAACUGCAAGAAGUACGCAUUGUCCCGCGUUGGUACGUUAGUGAACCCGUGGGAGUGGGUGGAGACGCUGCCGAAGGACGAGCCGGUGGUGUUUAUCUUUGGCGCAAUGGCACACGGUCACGUGUCCAAGGAAAACUGCAACUAUCUGGAUGAGACCAUUUCCAUCUCGGAGUACCCGAUGAGCGGUGCUCAGGCUAUCUGCCGUCUACUGAACGGCUUCGAACGUCAUUGGGGCAUUCUGUAG